UCCAUCAUGUUCCUUGCUAACCUCCUGGUCCUCAUGGUCCUGCUGCUACCUCAAUCCUCUGGUCUCCAGAGAGGAGCCAGCGCCGGCCAAACCCACGGCGGGCUCCUCUCCUCGGGCACGCUUCCCUCCUUGUCCCUGGAGCCCAGUCCGGAGCCGGGUCUGGAGCCCAGUCCGGAGCCGGGUCUGGAGCCCAGUCCGGAGCCGGGUCUGGAGCCCACCGUGGCCCAGACCAUCCAGAACCUCCUGCUGAGCCGCCUGGGUCUGCCCAGCCAGCCACGGGCCCUGUCUGGGGCCGCAGUGCCCCAGUACCUGCUGGACUUGUACCGGUUCCACUCGGAGGAGUACCAUCUGCUGGACGACCCGGACUUCAGCUUCCCAUCCCUGCACGUCCAACAGGCCAACACCGUACGCAGCUUCACACACACUGAUUCCAGUGGUCCUUCCCUGGCCCAGGAAGAGAAGAGGUCUUCACCAGACGACCUCCACAGGGUCCACAUUUCCUUCAACGUCUCGUCCAUUCCCCAAGAUGAGAGGCUGCUCUCUGCCGAGCUCCGGCUGCUCCAAGGUGCCUCCUCCCUGGGCCCGGGGUCCCAUCGCAUCAGCCUGUACCUGGAAGACCAUGGUAGCCCAGAGCCUACCCUGUUGGAGUCCAGAUUAUUGGGCUCUAGCUCCAGGCCCCGGGGCAACUGGGAGGCCUUCAGCCUCACAGCGCAGCUCCUCCAGGGGACCCUCGCUCGGACAGGCAGCCUGGGGUUCCUCCUGGAGGUUACCCCAGAGGGUAACACCACCCAGCUUCCUUCCUCCAGUCCUGGGGGCCCUGGCCCCCACAGGGAGGGCCACCUGAGGCUCCGCAGGUCCCUGGGGCAGGAUGAGUACAGCUGGGCACGAGAGAGACCCCUGUUGGUGACUUACAGCCAUGAUGGCCGGGGGGGGCCUCUAGCUGCUCAUAGCAGGAGGACCCCUCACAGGGGAGGCACGGCAAGAGGGAGAAAGGGUGCCAGAGAGAGGUCCAGGAGUGGAAGCAAAGACCAGGAGUGGCGAGGCAGGGGGCGAGGAGACCGGGAGAUGGAUCAGGACAGGGAGUCCAACCCGGGCUGGGGUGGAGGCGAGGGCAUCUGGGGUGAGCGAGGGCGUGUGAAGCGCAACGGCGGCCGCGCAGCAAAGCUGAAACGCCUCUCCCGUGCCCGCUGCCGGCGCCACCCUCUCUACGUGGACUUCAAGGACGUGGGCUGGGACAAGUGGAUAGUGGCGCCCAGCGGCUACGAUGCCUACUUCUGCCUGGGCGAGUGUCGCUUCCCGCUGGCCGACCACAUGAACUCGUCGAGUCACGCCAUGGUGCAGACACUGGUGAACUCGGUGAACGGGGCGGUGCCCAAGGCAUGCUGCGUGCCCACCUCCCUCAGCCCAAUCGCCCUGCUCUACCUGGACAGGCAGGACCACGUGGUGCUGAAGAACUACCAGGAUAUGGUGGUGGAGGGGUGUGGCUGCCGGUAGCCGGUGUGGGGAAGAGAAAGCGAGGUAGAGUGGGAGUGGGGGGUGGCUUGAGAAAGGAGAUAGCAGAAAAGGGGAUGUGGGUGAAGGGGUUUGGCUGUCGGUAGCAUUGGAGGAGGGAGAGAGGCGAAGAGAAGGUGGAGGGAGAGACAAAAUGGAGGGAAAGAGAGGAGAGAGGGAGAACUGGAAUGGAGACCCAAAGCUAUAUGGAGGUGGGAGAGACAAUAGAGGAGGGAUGGGUGGAUGAAAAAGCUUGCAUAGAGAGAAUAUUGGCCUAAACCGAAAUUCACUAUGAUGAGAUGGCUGUGGGUACCAUCAAUGACAGGAGCCAGGAAGAGAGGGACAGAGAAGAAACAGGAGCAGAAAAAGUGAGGAGGGAGUAAAAGAAAGAGAGAAAGAAGAAAUUAGUAAAUUGGAUGAAGGGGGGACGGAAGGAAAGUAGACAAUGACAUCACUCCAAGCUACAUUCUAAGAGCUCUGAAUAGAAGAACAAGUAAACAGGAAAAGGAACGAGGAUAAACAGGAAGUAAACAGGAAGAGGAGUGAGUGUACGCAGAGAUAGCACUCAUUCUGACGUAAACCCUGCCCGAACGUUCUGGCGCAACAGCCUAGCUUCAUCCACACAGCAUCCCUCAAGCCCUGUCUGAGAUGUCACACAUCAUAUCCUGCAUCCAGGACCAUUUCUGUGUCUCCAUCUCUAACUUCAUCUGCAGGACCAUUUUGUGGCAGAGGACGUGCUGUCAGAGACCAGAGGAACUGGUGAGAGACAGUUUAUAGACUUUUGGUAAACAGGUUGGUUCAAGAGGACCAAAAAGGACAGUUUGGUCAGGUGUGUCUGACAGUGACUGUGUGGGGGAUGGGCAAAUAGGCCUGUCCUGUCCUCUGAAUGGUCAGAUCCCUAGGCCAUCAUGGAUCUAGCCCAGAACUUUAAGUGUGUAGGAUCAAAUGAGUUUCUUUGGCAACUGAACUACUAAGGGACAAGAUGGACAUUGUUGUUGUUUGGACGAUGGAGAAAGCUAACUAGGGCUUGCUGACACAGACCUGGACUGGAGACUUCUGAAGUCUCCAGAAGUGAGACAGACAGACAGAUACACACACUCUGACAGACAGACAUUCAAAUAAAUUGACAAACAGGUUGCGUAGUCCAAGCUCAAUGUCAUGAGUUAUUUAAAACCACAAGAAUAAUACAUCAUUAUGCUAUUGUUUAAUUGUACAACUACUAUUAUUAUUUAAAGAGUGAAUCUUUUUGUACAUUUAUUUUGCAGAGAAAAAUUAUUGUCAAGUAAUCAUUGUCAUUAAACAUAAUUCCUCUAAAUGGUAAAAUCUAACUUAAAAGACACAUAAUGUAUUUAAAUAGCAACCACAUAUGGUGUAUUUAAUCUUGAAAAUCCAAUAUUUAAGAUGUGCACUCUACAAAACCCACAUUUACCGUAUAUUACAAGCAGAACUUGCUGUAGCCUGUGUACAGUAGCUUUGGUACAGCAGGAUGUUCUGGUGGCUUUACUCCUAUACUUACGGUCAUUGUGUUACAGUAACCUCACUGCUCAACAUUCUAAAGCUGCUGUCGUAUUAUGCUCAACACAUGCAAACCUCCAAGCCCUCAGUGGGAUGUGUGUGUGUGUGUGUGUGUGUGUGUGUGUGUGUGUGUGUGUGUGUGUGUGUGUGUGUGUGUGUGUGUGUGUGUGUGUGUGUGUGUGUGUGUGUGUGUGUCUGUGUGUGUGUGUUGGAAUGUAAUGUACUGAUCCUGAACUGUGUAACACCUAAGAUGACCCCUUUAAAAGCCUGCAUGUCCAAGACCCUCACCCCGUCUCCCCUCUGAUUAACACACCUGUUUGUUGCUAGCCAGUGCCUUCAUGUCAGGAUCUCUGCUUUUAGUCUACCCGAGUGUUAAGUAUCUAGUCAUUUUGUGUUCCAAGUGUGUUGUAUUUUCCCUCUAAAUGGAAGCAUUUAAACGCCAGUCUGUAAAAAUGUUUGACAUUGUCUGAAGACAUGGUUGUAUCUGGAUUAAACAGAGACCAAGCA